AUGGUCGCAGCGGACAACGCCUUAAGCAACAUUGCGGGGGCAGGCUGGAGCGAGGGCCGGGUGGCCGCCGCGAGCGGCCCCGCGGCGGUCGCGAGUCGGCCGGCGUUCUGGAAGUGGCUUGCAAUGGGCUGCGACGCGGAUGACGACGCGGGGGCGUGUCACGCAGGACGCGCGCAGGUCAACGCGCUGAUCCUGAAGGUCUCCAUGGAGAACGCCACGAAGAGGACCUUGUGGCUUGUCAGGGACUGGUACGCGCAGCGUGUGGUCGCCAGCCUGGGGCGUGCGAGCAGCUGGCGGCUGCUGUCGAUGCGGACCGCGACGCUGAACAUGGCGCGGUUCGGCGGCUGCGCCUGCGGCCCCUCGGACUGCUGCGCCUGGCGGACGAGGAGAAAGAUGUCCUGCACGAGAUCCACGCUCAGUCCGUCGCUGGACGAGGCCCGCGCGCUGCUGGUGCGGCGCGGCGCCGGCGAGCGCGCGGGCGAGAUCGGCGCGCGCCCGACGGCGAGCCAAGUCCCAGCGAACCAGGAGCGCCGAGAUUUCCGCGGGAGCUCUGCGGCGGAGCACCCGGCCAGGGGGGCGGCGCCCGCGGCGCCCGCGCCCGCCCCCGCCGCCUCCGCGGCCGGCAGGCCCCCGGCAGGUGCAUGCUGGGGCAGGGCCGCCCUGCGCCUGUUCGUCUCCAUCGCCGCCCUCACCCAGGUCCAGGUUCAGGGGACGGCCGGGUCCACUGCCCGGUGGAAGGCUGCCGAUGCGGGCCUGGUCAGGUGCCUCGCUAUGGUCGUACACACCAACUCGGUGCAGGCGUGGACGGAGCUCCAGAUGCUCCCCAAGUGUGUGCUCGCGGCUCCGCCUCGUCGCGGACGUGCCCACGGUAGAGCCGCGGCCGCUUUCACAGCCGACCGCCUGGCUCGUUGGGAGCUCGGCGAGCGCGCCGAUCUCUGGGCGGACCUCGCCGAGCCGCAGCGGCGGAAGCCAGACAACUCGAAGGAAGCACGGCUACGCCGGGCGGAAGCCUUGACACGCGAAGGGCUGGACAGAAAAGCGGUCGCCGCCUUGGUGUCUGAGCCUCUGGUGGAGCCCUCUGCAGAUACCCGCCGCCAGCUGGAGGCCUUGCACCCUGCUGAGCCGCCUCCCCCGCCAGCGUCUCCCGAAGGCCUCCCGCCAGCCCCUCGCCUCACCAGCGACCAGGUCACCGGGGCCCUCAAGUCCUUCCCGAAAGGCAGCGGCGCAGGGCCGUCAGCUCUCCGGGCGCAGCAUUUGACCGACGCCCGCACGCCCGCGCACGCUUCCACCUUGGCGGAGCUCCUCACGGAGGUGGUGCAGAUGCUCGCCGACGGCCGCGUGCCGGAGCCGCUGGCCCCGGCCGUCGCAGAGGCUCUGCGGGUCCUCUCGAUGAACGGCCCCCCCCUCGGGCUCCGCCUCAACCUCGGCAAGAGCGAGCUGAUCGUGCCCUCCGGCGCACUCGCGCCUGAGCUGGCGGCGCUCUUCCCGCCGGCGCUUCUUCGGGACCAGCAGACGGGCGAGAGCAGGGUCAACGUGUCUGGCGACUUCGAGCUCCUCGGGGCCCCGAUCGGCUCUGCGAGCCACUGCAGCGCGGCGCUCGCCGAGAGGGCAGCCACGGCGGGUACGACCACGAAGGCGGUGUCCGAGGUGGCAGACCCGCAGGUCAGCUUCCGCCUCCUUCGACAGUGUGCCGGAUUCUGCAAGAUGGCUUAUGCAGCGCGUACCGUGGACCCCGUGGCGGCGGCUGCCCCCCUGGCCGCCUUCGACGCUUCGGUUCGGGAUGCUUUCGCGGACCUCGCCGCCUUCCAGCCGACCGCGGACGAGUGGCAACAGGCCACGCUUAGCCUCCGGCGCGCAGGUCUGGGCCUGCGGAGCACGCAACGGCACUCGGCGGCCGCGUACUUCGCCUCCCGUGCUGCCACAAAGGACCUCUGCGCCCAGGUCGACAGCGGCUACAGCUGGGAUGCCGAGGCCGCCGGCUCAGGCCUUCAGCGCGCGGUCGCCUCGCUCGAGGGCGCACUGCCGGCGCAGACCGCUCGCCGAUUGUUGGACGACGCCGCAGCCGCGCGGAAGCCGCAGAAGGCGCUCUCCGACGCGCUGGACGAGGCGAGCCUGCGCGACCGACUGGCGCGCGCCAGCCCUGCAGUCCGGGCCGCCGUGCUUUCGGAGACCCUGCCCGGCUCCUCCGGCUUCUUGACGGCCAUGCCCAGCAAGGCCAUGAAGCUUAGCAUGGAGCCCGCCGAAUUCCGCACGGAGCUGCAAUGCCGCCUGGCUGCGGAGAUCUUCCAGGAGGAAGACUUCUGCCCGCUGUGCGAUAGCGUUCUGGACGCGCACGGGUUCCACGCCUCGGUGUGCACCUGUGGCGGGGACAAGACCGCCGCCCACCACGCGGCCCGGGACCAGACCUACUUCUACGCUGCAGCCGCGGGCUGCCGGCCAGACCUGGAGCGCGGCAACCUCCUCCCACCCCGCCCGGACGAGGCCGCCGACCAGGGGUUGCGCCGGCCAGCGGACGUGUUCUUGCCUGCUUGGCGCGGCGGGUCCGCAGCAGCAGUGGACUUGGCGAUCACGUCGCCCCAGCGGCAGGCCGCCCUGCAGCUGGCGAGCGAAGUCGCCGGGUCGGCCGCGCAGCUCUACGAGGACUACAAGCGGUCCUUCCUGAACACGGAGGCCCUCUGCGCCCAGCAAGGGAUCGCCUUCGUGCCGAUGGUCGCCGAGCGCUCCGGUGGUUGGGGCGCCUCAGGUUUCCAGGUGCUCAAGCAGCUCGCACGCAAAGCUGAGGCCAGAGAUGGCAAGGCGGCGAGCCUGCACGUGCAGGAGUACUUGGAAGGCCUCUGCGUCGCCAUCCGGCGGGCCAACGCCCGGGCGGUUCUGAAGCGCGCCCCGGGCGCCGCCGCGGCCGCGCCCGGCGCCGCCGAUGCGGCCAGGGCCAUACUUCAGCCGUAG